UUACAAGUCUAUUUACAAAUCAAAUUUGCGUUAAAAAUUGUAAAAUAAUGCUGACUGGACAGGUUACACACAGUUAUCUAGGAAAUAUGUGCAGCAUUGUGAUACCACUUUCAAAUGCCAAGGAAAAACCGGACACGGGCACGCCAGCCACUCCGCCAGAAACGGAAGCCAACAUCAGCAUGCUUUUGGAUCGCAUAAGGAACUGCGAUGUUUUUAUAGAUGACAAUGAUUUGUACUUUUAUGCAUACAAGCUACACAAAUUCCAUAGCCGCCGCGCAUUUGACAUAAAGGAGCUGAAAACGCUGAACAUAAACUUUUCCACCGUUGAUAAUUGUUAUCAGCUGAACAUACCCUGCUCCCCGCCCACUGCCAAUGCGGGAGGCGGGGCCGCUGGCGGCGUCGGCGGCAGCGCCAAUGCAAUAGCAGCCAAACCAAAGACUAUGCGAAAGGAGUACAUUGCCAAUUUCUUGCACAUGACCCCGCUGGCGGAGACGCUGCAGGAAAACGCUCCGCUGGUACAGGAAUGGAAACUAAAACGCAUCACUGAACAGUGCCAACUGCAAAUUGAUGGCCAGGACCGUUUCUACAAGCUGACCAGUAACUUUAAUUACGGCUAUGCCAGUAAAUACAGCGGCCCGCUGCAAUCCUGCGAGCUGGACAAGGUCACCUGCCGUGUACCGGAGCCUUAUCGCCUAAGUCCCGUGCAGCGUCGCUUGGAGCGUAUUACGGACGAGAUGAAACGCUUUUCACGCGAGCAAUACAAGCUGAACUUUGUGGAGCUGCAGGUGCCGCCCGGCCAUCAGAAUCCGCAACGCUACAAGCCCAAAAUCUAUGAGACCUCCAUGACACAAGAGCAGGCGCAUCUGCUGCACAAUCUCUGUGUUUACGACUCCGAACAGUCGCCAAUCACAAUUACUCGCCAAAUGCAAAACGAAAUCGACUGCGGCCUCAUCAGCAUUAUAUUGGCCAUUUGCUACGAUGUCCGCACCACUAACAAUGAGCCCACCUGUGAAUCGGGCUGGACACGCAGCAUCCUCUGUCCGCUCUUCUGCUAUUUCGAGCAGUUCGACAAUUAUAAGGAUGUGCUGGUGGCAUUCCUGCGUCGAGUCAUAACCUAUCCGCUCUACAGAAACUUCGAGUUGGGCCGUCAGUGCGUGCGGGAUGCGAUUGAGGUGUUGAAGGGGAGUCGCAAUUGGCUUCUAAAUCAAAUGCUGCUCACACACCAACAGUUCUCCACCAGUGAACCGAGUCACGAUAACUAUAACACCUACUAUCUAGAGGACUAUAUACGCUAUUUAUCCAAUCCGGCCACCAGCGAUGAGCAUUUGCGUCUGUUAGCGCGUAACGUGAAGAACGUGCUUAUGGAUGUGGGAAAACGGCAUGUAGAGCUCGGCGUUUCGGAAAUUGAGACUGAAUUGAUAAGAGAGCUGAUGCAAGAAAUGCGUCUGGAUGCGGGCAACGACUCGUCACAUCCCUCCGGUGACGACAUGGACAACGACACAUCGGGCCAGGAUGAUGAGACAACGACAGAUGAUGAUAGCGUUAUAACCGACUCCUUCGAUAGCAUGGACAUGCGCCUAAUUGAAAACGAGAGUGUCUAUGCAGUCGACGAUGAGUCCUCGUCGGAGCAAGACGACGAGGAUGAGGAUAUCGACGAUAGCAAUUCCUCAACAACUACAACCAGCGAAGCCGAAGGCAACAGCGUCAUUGAGCAGUGCAGCAAUAGUAAUAGCAAUAGCGAGACUGCUGCCAGCGCGAGCACAAAGUAGUUUAAUUGAAAUGAAAAUCGUUAAUGCUAUUGCUCCUAUUGUUAAUAUUAUAGUUGUUGCCUUGUCUAAGAAAAACCAUCAACCAUUACCUAACCAAUCAAUCAACCAACCAACCAACAAACUUAAUGUCAAAGAACGGAGGCUAAACAGUGAUUACUUUUAUGCAAAAGCAAAACGCAAAUGUAAAUGUAAAUUAACACAAAAAUCAGAAACUCUACCAUAUUUAAAAUAUAAUUAUUUUAAAAUGUACAAUAA